AUGGACGGACGCAUAAAGUUAUGUGACUUUGGUUUGGCUAAAGAAGUCCCAAAUACUGAUUGGUAUCGUAUGUCUAAAACUAAACAUACGGCAGAUGUCGGGGAUCUGUCAUAUCAGGCACCGGAAAGGUUAAUACCGAACCUGAGGUCAGAUCAACUUCAUAAUGUCGGGGAUCUGUCAUAUCAGGCACCGGAAGUAAAUUCAGAUCCAAUUGAUUACGACCAUAGGAUAGAUAUCUACAGUCUAUCCCUAAUUGGGGCUCAAAUUUUUGGGUUCGAUACAAAUCAUAUAAAGAACGGAUUGUAUAGGUUAAUACCGGACUUGAGGUCAGAUCAACUUCAUAUGCCUAAUUAUUGGACUUGGAAUUAAAGUUACAAGAACAUAUUGUCAAGAUUUAGUUGAAUUAAUGCAUAAAAUGAAUGCCUUAUUGGUGUCAAUGAGUGUUAAUAUGUAUUCACAAAACGGUUCAACAGAUUGGAGGCAAAGACCUGAAUGUUCGCACAUUUUAUCACAAUUGCAGACAUUUAUGACAAAUAAACCCAUUAUUGGAG